AGAAGGAGGAGGAGGGGGGAAGGGUGCAGGACAGGCCACCUCCUGGGCCUCUUUGUGGGAGACACAGAAAGGAGGGGGGGUGUUUAAUGUGGGAGUGAGUGAGAGCAAGCAAGCUGGCAAGCAAGCAAGCACCCUGCAAGCUCCUGCACUCCAGACUUCUGCAACAACCCAUCAGAGGGCCACAAGCCAGCAGCAGGGCUGGCGUUUGCAGGAGCAGCCAUUGUUGCACUGCAAACAAAGAGGGGGGAAGAAAAAAAAAGGAAAGAAAAAAAAACAGCAGGCAACCUUCCUCCACCUUUCAGCCUUCCUGUUCCCCUUAGGCUGCCAUUAUCACUAGCUCCAACUAGGCCUCCAGCUCUGGCCCGCAGUGUUUUAUGACAUUUCCUUUUGGCCUGGAUCCCCAUACAGACAUGUUUUAGCUUUUUUAGUUUGUGGAGUAUCUUGGUUUUUUAUUCAUUUUUUUACCUUAUUUUGCUGUUUUAUUUCUUCAGGCUGUUCCUCCAAGUCCUUCAAGCUGUACUCGCCAAAGGAGCCCCCCAACGGCAACGCCUUUCCCCCCUUCCACCCAGGCACAAUGCUGGAUCGAGAUGUGGGACCGACUCCGAUGUAUCCUCCCACAUAUCUGGAGCCUGGGAUAGGGAGACAUACGCCGUAUGGGAACCAGACAGACUACAGAAUAUUUGAACUGAACAAACGUCUUCAGAAUUGGACAGAGGUAGGUCAUCCAGAGGAAUGUGACAAUCUCUGGUGGGACGCCUUCACCACAGAGUUCUUUGAAGAUGACGCCAUGCUGACCAUCACGUUUUGCUUGGAAGACGGACCAAAGAGAUAUACCAUUGGACGGACGCUUAUUCCCCGGUAUUUCCGCAGUAUAUUUGAAGGUGGCGCCACAGAGCUGUACUACAUCUUGAAGCACCCCAAGGAGUCAUUCCACAAUAACUUUGUCUCGCUCGACUGCGAUCAGUGCACAAUGGUCACACAGCAUGGCAAACCCAUGUUUACACAGGUGUGCGUAGAGGGGAGGUUAUACCUGGAGUUCAUGUUUGAUGACAUGAUGAGGAUAAAAACGUGGCACUUCAGUAUCCGGCAACAUCGAGAGCUCAUUCCCCGCAGUAUCCUCGCCAUGCAUGCCCAGGACCCCCAAAUGUUGGACCAGUUGUCAAAGAACAUCACAAGAUGUGGACUUUCAAACUCUACGCUCAACUACCUCCGGCUGUGUGUAAUUCUAGAGCCUAUGCAGGAGCUUAUGUCCCGGCACAAGACAUACAGUUUAAGCCCCAGGGACUGCUUGAAGACUUGUCUAUUUCAGAAAUGGCAGAGAAUGGUAGCGCCACCUGCUGAACCUGCCCGACAGGCUCCUAAUAAGAGGAGGAAAAGAAAGAUGUCUGGGGGGAGCACAAUGAGCACUGGAGGGGGCAACACAAACAACAGUAAUAGUAAGAAGAAAAGUCCGGCCAGUACCUUCGCCCUCUCCAGCCAGGUACCUGAUGUAAUGGUGGUGGGCGAACCAACCCUUAUGGGAGGAGAAUUCGGGGAUGAAGAUGAGCGACUGAUAACCCGCCUGGAGAACACUCAGUUUGAUGCUGCCAAUGGAAUUGAUGACGAGGAUAGCUUCAAUAACUCCCCCGCACUAGGCGCCAACAGCCCCUGGAACAGCAAACCACCUUCAAGCCAAGAAAGCAAAUCGGAGAACCCAACCUCACAGGCUUCACAGUAAAGAUUAAAAAAAAGAAUAAAAAAAAAAAAAAGAAUAAAAUAUAUAUAUGUGUAUACCAGGCCGAUGUGGAGGAACAAAAAUGUUUGUUUUAAAAUAAAAGUCGAGAAAAAGAGAAAAAAAAAAAAGUUGAAACUUAUCUACCUGUAAAUUGAAAUAAAAAUGACAUUUUAAAAUGAA